CCUUUCUCAGAAGAGGAUUGUGCCAUUCACUGCACCAGAACACUCUCAUGCAGAGCUUUUAACUACAAUCUCCAAAGCAAGCAGUGCCAGAUGUUAGAUUGGACCAGUCAGGAAACAGGCACAGAAAGGCAGCGGCACAAUCAUGUCGACCUAUAUGAGAAGAAAGACUAUAUGCGCGAAUGCAUUGUGAACAAGGGAGUCACGUACAGGGGAUAUAGGUACACAACCAAAAGUGGGAAGAUGUGCCAGCAUUGGAGCUCUAAUGUGCCUCACGAACACAGGAACUCACCUAGUCAAUUCCCAAGGAAAGGGCUGGAUUUGAAUUACUGUCGCAACCCUGAUGAUGAUGAGAACGGCCCCUGGUGUUAUACUACGGACUGGCACACUCGGCUGGAGGACUGUGGCAUCAAGAGAUGUGAUGAAAAGGAUUGUUUGAUGUGCAAUGGUGAAGAUUACUCUGGUUUCGUGGACCACACAGAGAGUGGGAGAGAAUGUCAACGCUGGGAUCUCAGUUAUCCUCAUGGACAUAACUACCAACCAGAGAAGUACCCUGAGAAGAAUUUGGACAAUAAUUACUGCCGCAAUCCUGAUGGGUCACGCCGUCCCUGGUGUUAUACCACUGACCCUGCAGUCGAGCGUGAAUAUUGCAACAUACGGAAAUGUGAUGGGGAGCACAGGCUGAAUGACGUGGAAAUCACCAAAACAUGUUUCAAACAUAAUGGAGUAGGAUACAGGGGAACCAUAAACCAAACAUCAGCCAGAACUCCCUGUCAACGUUGGGACAAGCAAUUCCCUCAUAAACAUGAAUUUACACCAGAAAACUACUCAUGCAAGGGGUUGGAGGAGAAUUACUGCCGAAAUCCAGAUGGUUCCGAAGCCCCAUGGUGUUUCACGAAAGAUCGCGGGGUCCGGACUGCCUUCUGUUUCCAACUUGAACGCUGCAAUGAUGACAUUGAACCUGAAGAUUGUUACAUUGGAAAUGGGACAACGUACCGAGGAUUUGUUAGUAAAACCAGGAAGGGAAUCCCUUGCCAAAUGUGGAACACAAAUAGUCCUCACAGACCACGAGUGACUCCUCAGACUCACCCUAAUGCUGGUCUUCUAAAAAACUAUUGUCGAAACCCUGAUGGCGACAGUCAUGGGCCCUGGUGUUACACCAGUGAUCCCAAAGUGCAGUGGGAUUAUUGUGCCAUUCGUACUUGCAACGGACAUGCCAAAUCAACAAACAAGGAGGAUCCAGCCUCAGUCGAGUUUGAGUCAUGCGGUAGGCGGGAAGACCGGCCAGUGGAAAACAAAAAGAGUCGUAUAUUAAGAGGCACACCUGGUAACUCUCCCUGGACUGUGAGUCUUCGCAACAGGGAAGGGAAGCAUUUUUGUGGUGGGUCCCUUGUGCGCAGGAACUGGAUCAUCAGUAUGAAGCAGUGUUUUGCCUCCUGUUAUGCUGAGUUCAGGGGGUAUGAAGCCUGGAUGGGGACCAUUUUAAAAGAUCCCAGGUCUGAUGACCCAAACAAGCAAGCUAUCCCCAUCCGAAGGGCCGUGUGUGGACCAAAACAUUCGAACCUGAUCAUGUUGGAGUUAGAGAGACCUGCCACCUUGAACAGUCGGGUUGCUCUGAUCUGUCUACCCCCUCAGGGUUAUAUCGUUCCGGAAGGGACUAGCUGUGAGAUAGCAGGUUGGGGAGAGACCCAAGGUACAGGCCGUGAUGAUGUUCUGAAUAUCCUGGCGAUGCCAGUGAUAAGUAACAAAGUAUGUAAUCAGUACUACAGAGGUCGCCUGGCUGAGACAGAGAUCUGUGCUGGGACAGUUCUACGGGGAUAUGGAACAUGUGAGCGGGAUUAUGGUGGGCCUCUUGCUUGCUUUACCCACAGCUGCUGGGUGCUUGAGGGAGUCAUCAUUCCAGGGCGUGGAUGUGGCCGACAUAAUCACCCUGGCGUCUUUGUCCGAGUUGCAAUGUACGUGGACUGGAUUAAAAAAGUCAUAGAACUCUAGGCGCCAGCCUUUCAGUGGGAGAUUCAGCAUCUGAGAUACAAAUAUUUCCAAACUCCCAGCCCUGUUAACUUUGUAACAUCAUUUCUUCAUGGCUUUCAGAAUAAUCACCUUGAAACA